CUAAAUUAUUAAUUAUUAUUAUUCUCAAUUAAAUUAAACUUUUAAAAGUUACUGCCAUUAUGUCAUCUUCAACAAAAAGAGUGUUUGUAUGUGGAGUUGGUAUGACCAAGUUUGAGAAACCUGGUGCAAGAAAAGAUUUUGAUUAUCCCGUAAUGGUUAAAGAAGCAGUAACACAAGCACUUAAUGAUGCUGGAAUAACUUAUAAUGAGAUUCAACAAGCUGUAUGUGGAUAUGUUUAUGGUGAUUCAACCUGUGGGCAAAGAGCUUUAUAUCAGUUUGGGUUGACAGGAAUUCCUAUUUUAAAUGUAAACAAUAAUUGUUCUACCGGAUCUUCAGCUCUUUUAAUGGCCAAACAAUUAAUAGAAGGAGGUACAGCUGAUUGUGUUUUAGCAGUUGGCUUUGAGAAGAUGGAACGUGGCUCACUCGGUUCAAAGUAUUUGGAUCGUACAAUUCCUCUAGACAAACAUCUUGAAGUAUUAGACUCUAUAUAUGGACUUGGAGCUUCACCAUUUGCUGCUCAAAUUUUUGGAAAUGCUGGAAGGGAACACAUGGAAAAAUAUGGAACAACAAAAGAACAUUUUGCAAAAAUUGCCCUAAAGAACCAUCGACACUCAGUAAAGAAUAAGCGUUCUCAAUUUUGUGAUGAAUACACAUUAGACCAGAUAUUGCAAUCUGGUGAAGUUCACCAUCCGUUAACCAAACUUCAGUGUUGUCCAACUUCAGAUGGAGGGGCUGCAGCUAUUAUAUGCAGUGAAACAUUUUUGAAUAAACACAGCUUACAUAACAAAGCAGUAGAAAUUCUUGCUAUGGAAAUGGCUACCGAUGUACAUGGAACAUUUGAAGAGAAAAGUAUGAUUAAAGUGGCAGGUCAAGAUAUGACAAAGAAAGCUGCAUUGUCAGCCUUUAAAAAAGCAGGUCUCACUCCAAAUGAUGUUCAAGUUGUAGAACUGCAUGAUUGUUUUUCUACUAAUGAGCUUAUAACUUAUGAAGGACUAGGACUUUGUCCUGAAGGAAAAGGAGGUGAAUUAGUAGAUCAAGGUGAUAAUACAUAUGGUGGAAAAUUUGUUGUUAAUCCAAGUGGUGGGCUUAUUUCUAAAGGUCAUCCUCUAGGAGCUACAGGUUUGGCGCAAUGUUUUGAGAUAUGCAGCCAGCUGCGUGGCAACUGUGAGGAGAGACAAGUAAAAAAUGCUAUCAUUGGACUUCAACAUAACCUUGGAUUGGGUGGUGCAUGUGUUGUUGCUCUAUACAAAAAAUUAAUUCCUUUGCAACAAGUUAUCUCAGAAGAAUCAUCAGUUGAAAGCACGUUUAAAUCAGAUGUUAUAUUUAAAGAAAUUGAAAAAAGAUUUAGCUGCGAAGCAGAUUCAAUGAAAAAAGAGUUUAAUGCCGUGUAUUGUUUUGAACUUCAAAAAGGAGAAAAUGUUGGUGUUUGGUUAAUUGACCUUAAAACAGCUGCAGUAAUCUAUAGAGGAAAAAGUUGUGAACUAAAAGCUGAUUGUACGAUUAAAAUGACAGAUGAAGACUGUUUCAAAAUGAUGAUAGGACAACUUAAUCCUCAAACUGCUUUUCUUCAAGGAAAAGUGAAAAUUUCAGGUAACAUGGCAUUGGCAAUGAAACUUCAAAAGCUUCAAGUUAAAAAUCUGAAAUCAAAUUUAUAAAUUUGAUAAAUUUGACUAUUGUUUAUAAUAAUCAUGAUUAAAUUUUUUUUUAAUUUUUUAAAA